AGCUUCCAUCCCAAAAGCUCAAGUUGUGAAUGUUUGGUGCCCUGGACAAUCAUGUUUGUUCAUACUCAGAUGAUGAAGUCUUCGGUACAGUAUAUCACCAAGUCGCGCUGGCGUCUUUUUCGCGGACCCUUGUCAGCAUGCUUGAAGAUCACGGAUCCAUGCCGGAUGCCACCGUCCAUCAAGGCGGCCUCCACCCUGGCGGUUCGCAUGCAACCGGAGGGCGCGCCUCCGAUGAGAAGCCUUCCUCAAGCGACGCCUGGCGCGGUGGAACCUGUCGUGCAGAUUCCCUAUCAAGAGCUGCGUGAUCUCACGCCCAGUGCCGUUGAAAAGCUCCACAAAGCCUUCGUUGGUGAGCGUGCUUAUGGUGCGGUGGCCAUCACAGGGAUUCCCAACUACGCCGAACUGAAGCAUGACGCCUUCCGUGCAGGUGUGGACCUUGCACUUUUGGAUGAUGAGGGGCGCAAGCGCUCGGCGGCGGUGAACAACACAUACCCUGGUUGGAGUGGCACUCCAGGCAGCGAGACACACCCGCUUCAGAACAGCUUCCUUUUCAACGUGAAGGAAGAGUUGGGUGGACAGAUGGAUCCGUUCUUUGGCAAGAAUAUUUUCCCGAGCGAGGACUAUCGCAAAACAUGGGUCAAAUUUGUGGAUGUGAUGUACGCGAAUGCCUUGCAAGUUCUUCGUGGAUGCGACAAGGUUUUGGACACGGAGAUUCAGCAAUGGCAGGCACAGCGGAGCCUGGAACGUCUUGGAGAUGACGGGCCCGCCUUGGCAGGAAGAUUUAUUUGUUAUGAUUCUGGCUUUACCAGGGAGGACAAACUCUUGGAGCUACGGGAUGGAGUUUCACCUUUAAAUUCAAAUGCAAGUUCGAUCGCCGAACUACCACAAUCCAGCCAUGGGCACGAAGAACCCAGUGAGAUGUCAGUGAAAACUGUGGGUCAUGCUGGCGACGGUUUGGCUUCCAUGCGGACUCAUGCCACACCGGUCAAGACUGCUGGCCAUGCCGGCGAUGGUUUAGCGUCCAUGAGGACACAUGCUACACCAGUGAAGACUGCCGGUCAUGCCGGCGAUGGUUUGGCGUCCAUGAGGACACAUGCUACACCAGUGAAGACUGCUGGGCAUGCUGGAGAUGGUUUGGCGUCCAUGAGGACACAUGCUACACCGGUGAAGACUGCCGGUCAUGCCGGCGAUGGUUUGGCGUCCAUGAGGACUCAUGCGACACCAGUGAAGACUGCUGGGCAUGCUGGAGAUGGGUUGGCGUCGAUGAGGACACACGCCACACCGGUCAAGACUGCCGGUCAUGCCGGCAAUGGUUUGGCAUCCAUGAGGACUCAUGCGACACCAGUGAAGACUGCCGGUCAUGCUGGGGAUGGUUUGGCGUCCAUGAGGACACAUGCCACACCGGUCAAGACUGCCGGUCAUGCCGGCGAUGGUUUGGCAUCCAUGAGGACUCAUGCGACGCCAGUGAAGACUGCUGGGCACGCUGGAGAUGGUUUGGCGUCCAUGAGGACACAUGCGACACCUGUGAAGACUGCUGGUCAUGCCGGAGAUGGUAUGGCAACUAUGCAAACACCCAGUGCUCCUGUCAAGACGUCGUCCAGUGGCUACAAUCCUUUGGAACUGUCUAGCAGUUUGGCAGGCAGUUUGUCUAGUCAAGGCUCUGAUGAUGCUGUUCCCGUUUCGCAGCCAGAGACAGACUACUGGCUGCCAUGGCAUGUUGAUUCCAAUUUUGUAACCAUUCUUCACAAGGAGAUGUAUGCCAGUGAAAGCACUGGCGAAUUCAUCUCUGAGCCUCCUGGCUCUGGCUUAAUGUUCAUGAACGAGGUUGGGGAGACGACGAUGCUCGACUGCAGCGAUCCCAACACGAUGCUUCUCCAGAUGGGCGCGUUUGCGCAGAUUUAUACAGGGGGCAAGCUAAAGGCCUGCCGCCAUGCUGUGCUAAAUCCAGUGAAGCCGGGUGUGGCACGCUUUAAUUAUUGCAACUUUUGGUACGUGCCGUGGGACACCCUUUGCACAGCUCCAGAAGGCAUGGAGGCCACGGCGGUGAACCAGGGGUGGAAUGCGAUGAUGGACGAGAGCUACUUGAACAUCACCAUGAAGCAAAGCUUCACAGCCUUCCGGCAGUUCAUGGUCUCGCCGGAGGCGCGUGUGCAAUUCUCCGACUCGCAGCGCUUCAAGGAACUCUCAGCCAUCCUUCCCAUCGUACGAAAGCAAGGAGAUGCUGGAGCACCCACGAUGCCCAACAUCCAAGUGGACUUGCUGACGGAUGUUCGCUGCCCUUUCUCUUUCAUCAGCCAAAUGAAUCUCCAAAAUGCCAUUCAGAAUUUGGGGCUGCAAGACAAUGUUGUGGUCCGCUACCACCCAGUUUUCCUGAACCCAAAUGUGCCAAAGGAAGGCGAGAGCCUGGAUGACUAUCUUUGGCGAGAGUUUGGAUACACGAAGGAAUAUGCCCAUUCCGAAGAUUAUCCGCUGCGCCGCUAUGGCCGCGAAGCAGGUGUUGAGAUGAAUCCCCACCGGCGCGUGGUCAACACCUUUGACGCCUUUUGCCUCAUCGAAGCAGCGCAGGAGGAAGGAGUGCAGCACGAACUGGUGCAGACCCUUUCACGCUGGUACUUCGAAGAGGCUAAGGACAUCUCGGACGUGGCCGUGCUGCGCGCGGCGGCUCUGCACGUGGGCCUCGACGCCGAGCGUGCCCUGCAGCGGAGCAGCGAGUUGCAGGGGACGGUGCAAGAGCGCUAUGAGGAGUUCUCAGCGAUGCUCGGAGAAGUGCCGCACUUCUUGUUGCGAGAGCAGGCCUCUGGAAACGGCUUGGAGCUCGGCGGCCUCCGGUCGGUGGAGGCUUGGGAGCAGGUCUUGCAGCAGGUCAUGGAGCGAGGUCAAUUUAUGGGAAUGACCAUCGAUGGCCCCCACGGCCAGAAGGUGCGAGUGGACCGGGCCAACCCUUUCACUCCGGUGAGCCAUGCCUUGCCAGCGCAGCAUGGCUGGACGCCCACGGCUUGGCCAUAUCAGGAGGAGGAUUUCUCGCGGAUGGAUGAGCGCCCAGACGAUUUGAUGUACUCCGAACCCCGCUUGGCGGAGCACCUGGACUUGAGCUCCUUGCAAACGCUCACGGAGACCUAUGAGGCCAUCUUCCAGGCUUGCCCCGAUGGCUUCAGCGUGCUAGACUUGUGUUCCAGCUGGAACUCGCACUACCCGAACAUGGACCGCGCCUCGAAGGUGGCCGUGCACGGUCUCAAUGCCGUGGAGCUCGAGAUGAACGAGGUGGCCACCGAGCGCCACAUUCAGGACUUGAACCUCGACCAGAAGUUGCCGUGGGCUGACAACUCCUUCGAUGUUGCCACCCUGGCACUAAGCAUCCAGUACCUCACGAAGCCCCGGGAGGUUUUCGCGGAGUUGCAGCGAGUUUUAAAGCCUGGGGGCAUGGCCGUCGUCGCCUUUUCCCAUCGCUCCUUCAUCGAAAAGGCAGUGCGCCUGUGGGCCUCAGAGCCCGAUGAUGGUGAAGGCCAUGCCCACGUGGUGUGUCGGUACUUCCAGCAUGGGCCAGAGAAUGGCUGGGAGAAGAUCAAGACCAUGGAUGUCAGUCCUCGGCAUGGCGACCCCGUCUGGAUUGUGACGGCAGUGAAGCCGAUGUGACGGCAGUGAAGCCGAUAUUUUUUGGUACAAAAUUUGGUCACAGCAAUUUUGUAGUGUUGCUUUAUUGACAUUGGCCGCAGGUGUCAAAAA